AUGGCUCCGCUUUGCGUCCUGCUGUCCUGCCUGCUUUCCCUGCACUGCGCGCUCUGCGCCGCCGCGGGCAGGCGGACCCCAGAACGUGGCCUCUCUGGAAAACUCCAUGACUAUGGUGUGACGGUGCCAUUCAGCACAGAUUUCCGGGGCCGCUUCCUUUCCCACGUGGUGUCGGGCCCAGCAGCAGUCUCUGCAGGAAGUCCAGUGCCGGGUAGGCCACCUCCACCACCAUCACACUCCAGGCACCACCGGGUGCCUCGCAGCCCCCUGCGCCCCGACCGAGGGAACCACUCCCUCUACUUCAAUGUCACUGUUUUUGGGAAGGAACUACACUUGCACCUGUGGCCCAAUCGGAGGCUGGUGGUACCAGGAGCCUCAGUGGAGUGGCAGGAGGACUUCCGGGAGCUCUUCCGGCAGCCCUUGUGGCAGGAGUGUGUCUACACUGGAGGUGUCACAGGCAUGCCGGGGGCAGCUGUGGCUAUCAGCAAUUGCGAUGGAUUGGCUGGCCUGAUCCGCACAGACAGCACCGACUACUUCAUUGAGCCUCUGGAAUGGGGGCAGCAAGAGAAAGAGGCCAUCGGAAGGACACACGUGGUGUACCGCCGGGAGGUCGGACGACAGAACUGGGCAGAGCCUCACGGAGACCUUCAUAAUGAAGCCUUUGGCCUGGGAGACCUUCCCAACUUGCUGGGCCUGGUAGGGGACCAGCUGGGUGAUCCAGAGCGGAAACGGCGUCAUGCCAAGCCGGGCAGCUAUAACAUCGAGGUGCUGUUGGCAGUGGAUGACUCGGUGGUGCGUUUCCACGGCAAGGAGCAUGUGCAGAACUACAUCCUCACCCUUAUGAACAUCGUAGAUGAGAUAUACCACGAUGAAUCCCUGGGGGUCCACAUCAACAUUGCUCUUGUUCGUUUGAUUAUGGUCGGCUACCGCCAGUCCCUGAGCCUGAUCGAGCAUGGGAAUCCCUCACGUAGCCUGGAGCAGGUCUGUCGCUGGGCACACUCCCAGCAGCGCCAGGACCCGGACCAUGCCGAGCACCAUGACCAUGUCGUCUUCCUCACUCGGCAGGACUUUGGGCCCUCAGGGUAUGCCCCCAUCACUGGCAUGUGCCACCCCCUGAGAAGCUGUGCCCUCAACCAUGAAGAUGGCUUCUCCUCUGCCUUCGUAGUGGCCCAUGAGACUGGCCAUGUGCUUGGCAUGGAACACGACGGCCAGGGGAAUGGCUGUGCUGACGAGACCAGUCUGGGUAGUGUCAUGGCGCCCCUGGUUCAGGCAGCCUUCCACCGUUUCCACUGGUCCCGCUGCAGCAAGCUGGAGCUCAGCCGCUACCUCCCCUCCUAUGACUGUCUUCUGGACGACCCCUUUAAGCCGGCCUGGCCCCAAUCCCCUGAGCUGCCUGGCAUCAACUACUCAAUGGAUGAGCAGUGCCGAUUUGACUUUGGCACCGGGUACCAGACCUGUGCAGCGUUCAGGACCUUUGAGACUUGUAAGCAGUUAUGGUGUAGCCACCCGGACAACCCGUUCUUCUGCAAGACCAAGAAGGGGCCUCCGCUGGAUGGCACGGAGUGUGCACCAGGCAAGUGGUGCUUCAAAGGUUACUGCAUAUGGAAGUCUCCGGAGCAAAUGUAUGGCCAGGAUGGAGGCUGGAGCUCCUGGACCAAGUUUGGAUCAUGCUCGAGAUCAUGCGGGGGUGGCGUUCGAUCCCGCAGCCGAAGCUGCGACAACCCCCUCCCAGCCUAUGGAGGUCGUCCAUGCUCGGGGUCCAUGUUUGAGUACCAGGUUUGCAACAGUGAGGAGUGCCCAGGACCCUUUGAGGACUUCCGAGCCCAGCAGUGUGCCAAACGCAACUCCUACUACACCCACCAGAACACCAAGCAUAGCUGGGUUCCCUUCGAGCCGGAGGACGAUGCCCAGAAGUGUGAGCUGAUCUGCCGAUCAGCAGAGACGGGCGACGUGGUGUUCAUGAACCAGGUAGUCCAUGAUGGGACACGCUGCAGCUACCGUGACCCCUACAGCCUCUGUGCCCGUGGCGAGUGUGUGCCCGUCGGCUGUGACAAGGAGGUCGGGUCCAUGAAAGCAGAUGACAAGUGUGGUGUGUGUGGCGGUGACAACUCCCACUGCAGGACUGUGAAGGGAACGCUGGGCAAGGCCUCCAAGCAGGCAGGAGCUCUCAAGCUGGUGCAGAUCCCAGCGGGUGCCAGGCACAUUCAAAUAGAGGAGUUGGAGAAGGUCCCGCACCACAUUGCGGUGAAGAACCAGGUCACAGGCAGCUUCAUCCUCAACCCCAAGGGCAAGGACGCCACGCACCGGACCUUCAUGGCCUUGGGACUGGAGUGGGAGUAUGUGGUGGAGGACUCCAAGGAAAGCCUCAAGACCAGUGGGCCCCUGCCUGAAGCCAUCGCUGUCCUGGUGCUUCCCCCGGGGGAGAGUGGUCCCCAGAGUAGCCUGGCCUACAAGUAUGUCAUCCAUGAGGACCUACUGCCCCUCAUUGGGAGCAACAAUGUGCUCUUGGAAGAGACAGACACCUACGAGUGGGCGCUCAAGAGCUGGGCUCUGUGCACCAAGACCUGCGGAGGAGGGAUCCAGUUCACCAAAUAUGGCUGCCGGCGUCGACGGGACCACCACAUGGUACAGCGGCACCUGUGUGACCACAGGAAGAGGCCCAAGCCCAUCCGGCGCCGCUGUAACCAGCACCCGUGUGCCCAGCCCGAGUGGGUGACAGAAGAGUGGGGCACUUGCAGCAGGAGUUGCGGGAAGCUGGGGGUACAGACUCGGAGUGUGCAGUGCCUGCUGCCCUUGUCCAACGGCACCCACAAGGCCAUGCCUAUCAAGGCCUGUCCUGGGGACCGGCCCGAGGGUCGGCGGCCCUGCCUUCGCAUGCCCUGUCCAGCCCAGUGGCGCACCGGAGCCUGGUCCCAGUGCUCUGCCACUUGCGGAGAGGGCAUCCAGCAGCGGCAGGUGGUGUGCCGCACCAACACCAACAGUCUAGGUCAGUGUGAGGGGGACAAGCCGGACACUGUCCAGAUCUGCAGCCUGCCCACCUGUGGAGGUAAUCUCCAGAACUCCACGUCAAAGGCUGACACCACGCAACUUGUGACUUCACAAUCAGGACCCCUUCAUCCUGUUAACAAGAUAGCAACAACUGAGCCCUGCAUUGGAGACAGGUCCAUCUUCUGCCAGAUGGAGGUGCUGAGUCACUACUGCUCCAUCCCCGGCUACCACCGGCUCUGCUGUGAGUCCUGCACCAAGAAGGAGCCCAGCCUGGCCUCACCACCAACCUUCUCCACCCCAGGGAGCCCUCUCCAAGGACCUCAAACCCUUCCAGAUGCUGUGGAGCCCACCACAAGGUCACCAGAGUCAGAUGGUCAUCAGUCUGAUCUAACCACAGGGCUUCCAGAACGUCUAGACACAAGCUCCUCUGUGACCCCACAAUACUCUGUCCCCCAGAAACUGAGCACUCAAGCAACCGGGGGCACCUCCCCUACCACUCUCCAGGGGUUGCCUUGGGGCUGGACCGAGGCAACAUUGCCAGCCUCUGAGGAUAAAGGGCAGCUCAGGGAAGACCGGAAACCUCCAGGCACCGAGGGCCCCACCACCUCUCUGGUGACCUGA